UUAUUUUGAUUUAUUCUUUUUUCUUUUAUAUUUAAACAAAGUUUUAAGCAUUGUGUAGGGAUCGUUAAAAAAUUCUUAUAAUAUAACACUGAGCAGUAGUAUAUGAGCCUCGCUCUGGGAAAACCGGGCUUAAUAUCAUUUGCGUAAAUUGUCGUCCGAGAUUAGCCUGUGCAGUCAGCACCGGCUUAUAAGGACCGACACAUUCCGUUGGAUUAUUGUUCUUCGUUUAAAGGAAGUCUUUUCUGGGCAAAAAUCAAGUUUAGGAUGGAAGUGUCGUCCAUGAUAAGCUUGUGUGGAAUGCACAGGCUAAUCUGAGACGACCCUUCGCGCUAUUGCAUUAAGCACCGUUUUCCCAGAAAGAGGCUCAUAUGUUUUCUCGGGGACUCAAAUAGAAGUAUUCUGAUAAAAAUACUGACGACUGGAACAUUUUAUUAAAUGUAUUUAUCGGAUUAUAGGCCUAUGUACAUUUGGUUUGAACAUGAAUGGAAGCAUGCGAUAAGUAAUUGUUUAUAAAAUCUAUGUACGCACACUUGAGGGAGAGUUUUAAAAGAGUGUUGUUUUUUUAUCAAACUGAUAUUUACACAAUGACUUUAAUGGAGAACGCACCAAGAAAUCAGUUUCCGGUCCCGACGGUGUCCAAGGUAACUUUGUUUCCGCCACUUUCGACACCAAACAAUAACGUCACGUAUCAGCACGCGACCCAUGAUCUCGUGACGUCACAGAUCACGUGCAGCGACACGCGAGAUCGACGAGCUGCGACCGCCUUUCCUCGGGGAGUGUCCCGAAAUAGUAAUGGCGACUUGCUUGGAAAUGACACUCAGCUGUACCCUAGCUCGCAAUGGCGCACAGAAAACAAGUCGCAGUUCGCCGGCGAGAUGCCCGUGGGGGGCUGGGAGCUGCCCCGGGGUCAGCCUGACUUUGUCAUCACCUCGAUCGAUAAUCGGAGGCACAACCCACAAUCUCGGCAGGUGUUCCACAUCAAGAGAUUCAAUAAAAAGCCCGUGUGCAGUCUUCAGUGGAUAGACAACGGUAAAGGAACUUCCGGUUCUGCACCAGAGCCUCCCGGAAGUGUGUACCGCGUGUCCUACCAGGAGACACCGGGAACCAAACAGCCACAGAUAGUUCACAAGAGGGACAUGGACCGACCAAUUGAUGGGUCAAUAGUUCCGGUCAACAUUAUGAGCGCAAACUUCGACAUCCGGUCGGAAAUGAUGCUGCCUGUCUGUGAUUCGACAGCAAUGCCGUCGGCACAUAACCCUCAUCGAUACUUGCUGAGGAAAAGAAAAGUUGCGCCCCCUUACAGGAUAGUCAACGGCAUCGUAAAUCCGCCAAGGGAAGAAAUACAUCAAGUGCCCCGACCGCCGAGGGAAUCCCGCUCCAAGUUGCCGGCGGGAAUCUGCAGUUCUCCCGACGGAAGUUACGACCGGACCUGCGUCAGCAGUCUCUCCGGUUACGCGUUCACCCGCCGGAAAUACAUUCCGCCGCCAGCUAAUAAUAUACUGACAGGCUUUGAUGGCGGUGUUCCAGAAAGCACAAGCAUGCGAUUUAAUGAGAAAUAUGGACCAUUUAUGAGGGCGAAAACGAUUAUAUAGCGUGUGGGGGCGAAGUUUCACAACUAUGACGUCACUGAAUGGACGUCAGCGAGUUUAUUGUUUUUAUUCACUUGUUAUUUAUUUAUAUCUUGCAUUAAACUGUUUGGGCAUAUUAUUUAUUUUUUAUACUUUGUAUGUUCAAACUGAUUUUAACAAGAUAGAAGCUUUUAUUCAAGCAUCGGUGUGAUAUUUAAAAACUUCUGAAAAAUAAAACGUUUUCUUGUUUACAUUCACCUAUUCAUAUAUAUGUAUAAGAACCAUAUAUAUUAUAUACGUUACAAUUUCAGUCGGUCAUUACAAUAAAUGUCUUGCGACGGAAUACU